CAAUAUAUUGGAGUCCAUAAAAGGACAUGUCGCCAUAGAUAAGCGCUCGUUCUCUCUCUCUCUCUAAAACACUUGGAAAUAUAGCAGCAGCAGCAGCAGCAGCAGCAGUAGUAGUAGAAGAAGAAGAAGAAGUCGGCGCCAUAUCUGUUAUUGAUGGCCGCAUUCGGAGGAGGAGGAGGACGCGGAGCUUUCGCGUUCAACACCAUGAUCUCAAAGGCCAUAACACCGAAUCCUACGCUCCCUCUUCUUCGAUCUCCGCCGUCCAUCAAGCCCAAUCGGCUCAGCUUCCUCCAAGCCGCUCCAAGAUCAUCUCAGGCGCGCGAGAGUUCUAGUUCGUCGUCGGACGAUGAGAGGGACGUGGAGAGGAAGGCGAAGGAGGGGGCGAGGAAGGCGAAAGAGGCGGCGGAGGAAGGGAUGGAUCGGGCGAAGGGGAAAGCCGAGGAGGCCAAACACGCCACCAGGGAAAGAGGCAGCCGGGCGGCGGAGAAGGCGAAGGGGACUGCGCAGGAGGCACAGGAGAAGACGACUGACGUGGCGGAGAAGGCGGCGGAGACGGCAAAGGCGGCGAAGGACAAGACCGUGGAGGGGACGAUGUACGCGGGAGAGAAGGUGGGAGAGACGGCGAAGGAGGCGAAGGAUAAGACAGUGGAGGGAACGAAGUACACGGGGCAGAAGGCGGAGGAGAAGACGGAGGAGGCGAGCAGCAAGGUGGCGGAGACGGCGCAGAUGGUCGGGGAGAAGGCGAAGCAGGCAGUGCAGGACGCGUGGGGGGCGACGAAGGGGGCAGCGCAGAGCAUCAAGGAGAGCGUGGCAGGGAAGGACAAGGACGAGGCGCCGGCGAGGGAGGAGGAGAGGCGAAGGGAAUAGUACGUAGUGUGGUCCUCACAUGCAGUUUGUUGUAAUAGAAGAUGGGAAAUGUGUCGAGUUUUAAAAGCUUUAAACGUUGGUGCUCGCUCUCCUGGCGACAUUUGUUUUUUCCUAAUUCGAAAAUAAAAUUCCUGUCUUCGUGGAAAA